AUGGAUUUCCAGGUCUUCGUUACUGGAAAAACGACGAUGAAGAAUGGAAGCCAUGCUAUCAUCCUUAGUCGACCAAGUCGACCAAGAUCUUAUCAUCUCCUCCCUUGGGGAGAAGAGGCAGAAGACGGGAAAGAUUUAGUUGAGAUGGCAGCGAAAGUAAGAUCAAUAACGAAUCACACAUACGUACAUGCGACAAUAGUCCAGACGAUGAACACGGAGCUUUUGUCCGCAACAACAAUGAAGAAAAAGAAAGGAAUGUCAAUCAAUAAGUACAUAAAUCCUUCCUUAGCCGGCUUCACGGCUCUACUGAAUCUGCAUCUUGUGCAUACUCCAGUGAUCGCCACUGAAACUUUGUUCGAAUUAUAA